AAUAUCUUUGGCCAUGGACCUCGAGUCAACGACGCCGCUCGUGCGCCGGCCGUCCCUGCAGGCGCUCGUCGCCAAGGCCGAGCCGCUUGUCGUGCAGAUCGACCCGGACUCGCCGUCGUACGGGACGCUGUCGCCGACGGCCGCGACGCCGGCCACCGAGAAGCGCAUGCGCGAGGUCGGCCUCAACGUCCUCGCCGGCGUCGUCGUCUUCCUCCUCUCGUCGACGAUCGCCGUUUCGUGCGCCAGCGUCGUCGUCGGCCAUAGUGGGCCACUGAGCAUGCACUUGGCCAAGGUCAUCGACAUGCACCUGCUCGGCACGUGCCUCAUGUGCCUCUACAUGUGCUGGAAAAGCCAUGCGCCAUGGGCCAUGGCCGCGAUCGAUGUCUCCAUCGCGCCCGUCCUCGGCGAGAUGGCGCAGCACAUUGCGAAAGCUCUGCACAACGACAUGACGACCGUGCUUCCAACGCUCUUUGUGGCCAUAUCGCUGGCGUCCAUCACGGUCGGGCUCUGCGUAUGCACGGUCGGGAAGCUCCGUCUCUCAUCGCUCACGCACUACAUCCCAUUCCCAGUCAUCACGGGCUUUCUCUCGGGCAUUGGCGGCGUCUUGGUCAAAGACGGCGUGCACAUGGCGGCGCGAGAGACGCUCUCCAUGACGCGCGAGUGCGUCCUCCUCGUGCUUCCCGCGCUCCUCUUUGCCACUGCGUCGCACAGUGCGGACCACUUGCACGUCCCACCGACCGUCUACUUGCCCGUGUUGCUCGUCGGGUCCGUCCUCGGCUUCCACCUCGUCGCGGCGAUCGGUGGCUACGAGACGAGCGCGAUGCUCUUUGACUGGACGCCGCAGAUGCUCGCCGAGACGCCGCGCUGGUACUCGUGGACCACGAUCGAGUGGGACCUCGUGCAGUGGCGCGUGCUCUUCCACGCCCUCGGCCGCGGCCUCCCGACGCUGCUCCUCCUCGGUGCGCUCAAGUACUCGGUGCUCGUCCGGUCGCUCUCGUUCCUCUUUGAUCGCGACGUGCCCGUCGACCGCGAAAUGAAGGCCAUUGGCGGGGCCAACAUUGUGAGCGGCCUCCUCGGCUGCACGGGCGGUUGCCACUACCUCUCGGCCAUGGGGCUCCUCGGGACAUUCAAAGCGCACCCGCGCGCGCCCGUGCUGCUCUGCUCGGCGCUCUUGCUUUCGCUCUGGGUCGUCGGGCUCGGGUGCCUCGUGCACGUGCCGAAAUUCGUGUUUGGCGGGCUCUUGCUGCACAUUGGCGUCCACUUUCUGCUCAAGUACUUGUUGGCGCCGCUAAAGUCGCUGCCCGGCAUGGAGUGCGGCGUCGUCUUUGCCGUCUUUCUGACGUUUCUUACGGUCGGGACGCUCCAGAGCGUCGGUGUUGGGCUCGUGCUCUCGAGCAUCCACCUCGUCUUCCAGCUCAACGCCGUCGGCUGCGUGCGCUCGUACCACUUUGCGUCGCCGAACGGGUUUGCGAUCCAUCUCCAGGGCUACCUCUGCUUUGCCACGUCCAAGUACCUCGUCCACAAGAUCGAGAAGCUGUGGCGCAACCACCACUUCAGCGUGCUGCACCUCGACUUCGAGCACGUGCUCGCGGUCGACAACUCUUUUUGCGCUCGUUUCGCCAAGUCGAAGCGUUCGCGGCCCGGCGCGAUCUGCGCAUCCAGCUCAACCGCAUGCCCGAGGCGCUCGCACCGCUCUUCCCGUCCCCCACCUCACACAAGAGCCAUGGCGACAGCGCGGCCAAGCGGUCGCUGUGGCUCAAGUUUCUUCUCACGCGCGAGGUCGACGUCAUGGGCCGGCUCGUCGACACGUACCGUCUCGAUCGCGCGAUCGACUUCUUGGAGCUCCGCCUCCUCCCGAAGGGCAGCCCGUUCGCACCGGGGCUCGGUCGCUGGUGGUUUCUCUGUGCCGGCACCGGUACGGUCGGUGACGUCGCCGUCGGCUCGGGCGCGAUUCUGGAUGGAACGCGGAUGCGAUCACCGUUUGUCGCGUCGUCGUCGUGCACGGUGCUGCAUUUGAGCACCGACGCGUGGCACGCGCUGCAUGCGCAGUCGCCUGAGCUCGCGAUCGGCGUCCUCGAAGCGGUCCAUGCGCUCAGCGAGCAUCGGCGUGUGGAGUGAAGUGUUAUUUUGCGCUACGACGACACCGCUCUGUUGUCAAGUCGAUGUAUCAUGUCCCAUAAUCGAUACAAUGAUAUAUAAAUGGGAUUUCAAAC